GGGCAGGGGCGGAGCAUUCGGAGAGUGUUUACAUCAGGAGCCGGCGGCGGCGGCGGCGGCAGCAGCUGCAGCACCAGCAGCGCGUCUUGGCUGGAGGGGCUGGCGGAAGCGUGCCGGCUAGUUUCCCACCGGCGUCUCCUCCUCGCCCUUCCGCGCCGUCAUGUACCGGGCCCUUUACGGCUUCCGCUCGGCCGAGCCCAGCUCUCUGGCCUUCGCCGCUGGCGAGACCUUCCUGCUGCUAGAACGGAGCAACCAGCACUGGUGGUUGGUGACCCGGGCAGGCUCCGGGGAGACGGGCUACGUGCCGGCCUCUUACCUGCAGCGCCUUCAGGUGCUGGAACAAGAUGUGGUUCUGCAGUCGAUUGACAGAGCUAUAGAGGCUAUUCAUAAUGUGGCAAUGAAGAAUGGAGGAAAAUACAACUUGGAGCAGAGGGAUGUCCUUCAGAAGUUGAUCCAUCAUAGGAAGGAAACUGUUUCCCGCAAAGGUCACUCGCCAUCUGCUCAAGGGAUGACUCCGUCCUCCAGUGAUCACCAUUUGGACCUAACCAGGCAACCCAAUGGUGUCUGCCGGACUGGAUAUGAGCGGCACCACAGCUUGCCUAAUACAGAGCCCCAAGAGGAUGAAGGCGGCCUUUACCAGAUCCCACCACAGCCACGCCGUGCUGCUCCCAUUACGCCCCCACCGCCAGAGAAACGCAAGAAUAUGCAGAUGGCUGCCUCCAUUAAAAAUGCAGUUGAAAUCACCUCUGGGUCAGUCUCCAGUGCCUCUUCCAUAAGCACAACUUCACUGGAUACCUUGUACACUGGCUCUACCGAGUCGGGUCUCCCAGCUGCUACUCCCAGCCCCAGCAACACCCCUCCCCCUGUCCCCAGUAGAAGUGCCCACACAAUGGUAUCACACAGCUUAGAUGUCAGCCCUGUCACACAAAGAAAGCAUGGGAAUACAAGCAAAUUUCCCCAGACCAAAAGGGCCGCCCCACAACAUCUCAUGCAAACUGAGAUUUCCAAUGUGAAUGAUGAAAAAAGCAUACAAGCCAAGGAGACUGUGGCAGCUGCUUCUGCAGGGUUAGAAGACUUUGACUCUCUUUGCCUGGAAGAUAAGAAGGCAGCUGGCUUGGAGGAUGUGGAUCAGGAAUCAUCUGGCCUUGUAGUGUCUGUGCCGAAGACAAUAGGUGCUGAGUUGAUCGAGCUAGUUCGCAGGAAUACGAAUCUCAGCUAUGAACUCUCACGGGUUGCCAUAGGUGUGGUAAUUGGCCAUAUCCAGAGUUUUGUUCCUGCCACAAGUAACAUCAUGGAGCAGAUUCUCAUCUCACUGGUGGAAAGCAAGGAUCUGUGUUCGGGGCUGCCCUCUGGGCAGAUCUGUCAUGACGAACAGAGGCUGAAGGUGAUAUUUGCAGAUCUGGCCCGACAUAAAGAUGAUGCCCAGCAACGCAGUUGGGCCCUCUAUGAAGAUGAAAAUGUCAUUUGCUGCUAUUUGGAGGAAUUGCUUCGUAUUCUGACAGAUGCAGAUCCUGAAGUUUGCAAGAAGAUGUGCAAGAAGAAUGAGUUUGAAUCAGUUUUGUCCCUUGUUGCAUAUUAUCAGAUGGAGCACAGAGUCCCAUUACGGCUGCUGCUUCUGAAGUGUUUUGGAGCAAUGUGCAACUUGGAUGCUGCUGUCAUCUCUGCUCUGGUGAAUUCUGUUCUGCCGAUGGAGCUAGCCCGAGACAUGCAGACUCAUACACAAGACCACCAGAAGAUGUGCUACUCUGCAUUGGUGCUGGCCAUGAUUUUCUCUAUGGGAGAACCACUGCCAUAUCAUCACUAUGAGCACCUCAAUUCCCAGUUUGUCCAGUUCCUGUUGGAUGUAAUUGAAGAUGGGUUGCCAUCAGAUACCACAGAGCAGCUGCCUGAUCUGUUCAUUAAUGUUCUUCUGGCGUUUAAUCUUCACAUUCCAGUUCCUGAGCAUAAUGUGAUCAUGGUGACUGUGAGCAAGCACCCCAAUGUCAAAACCUUCACAGAAAAGCUGCUGCUUCUCCUGAAUCGGGGAGACGAUCCAGUGUGCAUCUUCAAGCACCAGCCCCAGCCACCACACUCGGUGCUGAAGUUUCUACAGGACAUCUUUGCUAGCAAGGACACAGCAAACAUCUUCUACCACACAGACAUGAUGGUAAUGAUUGACAUAAUAGUGCGGCAGAUUGCAGACCUCUCUCCUGGGGAAAAGCUGAGGAUGGAGUAUUUAUCUCUGAUGCACUCGAUCAUUCGGUCCACGUCCUACCUGCAGCAUAAGCACCGGCUCACUGAUUUGCAAGGGAUCUUGCAGCGCAUUAUGGUGGAAGAAGAAGAGAGUCAGCAGUGCCAGAUGGACAAAAUGAUCAUCCAGGAGAUCUAUAAGGAGUUCCCAGAAAUAUCUUCUGGGGCCAGCUAACUAGCCUGGGGGGGGAAGUAUUUGGAAUAAAAAUGCCUCUUGUGGAUGUAUCCCUCCCAUCCCUUACAGUACUGCUCAUAUCUUGUUAUCCCUUCAGGUGAGGCCUAAGGUUUAAGUGGAGUGCUAAAAAGCCCUACGAGAGAGGUUUCAGCAGUUAUGCAAGCCAGUGAGAUGAGCAUUAAAGUUGAUCUAUGUAUGUCUGCUUCUGGGGCGAGGGGAGAAACCUGUUACAGAGAAAGGGGUGGAUUGUCAAUCAUGUGCAGAUCGCAAGCUUUGACAAGAGUAGAAGAAUACGCUUAUCACCUCCCUGGUCCCUUUGUACUAAAAAAAAAAAAAAGACAGAGCUUGUGACCCGAGUCUCUUCUGCCCUAUAUCAAGAAUCCCAAAGUGAGAGGUCUCUGCCAUAAGCCUCCGUUUCCACAUGCAUUUAUUCCCCACCAGCUUCCAAGUGAAGUAGGCCAGUGUUUGGAGUAAGCUUUUGUAACACCUUGUCCACUACGUCUCGUGCAAAAAUGCUAGUGUUCUAGGAAGGACGCUGCUUGCUACUCUUAAUGCUGUGCCCAAUGAGCCUUUCAGCCCUUCCUAACCCACUGCUUGAUACAUGGAUUACAGCUAACCCACCUUUCUAAGCCAUCGUCCGAGGAAACACCUGCUUUUCUAACUGCUUUACGUAGUGGUGUUUAAACUUGAAUUUCUUGCACACUGCACCAGCAGAGGAAUACCGAUUGCCCAGGCAGCAGGGGUUUCUUCAAAAGAGCUGCUGCUUAGAGUCACUGCUAAGGCGUGUCCUCCAUGAAAGCUACUGCUUGUCUCCUGCUAUGCGCUGGCCUUGUUGCCUCUGGCAUUGUGUGCACACGCAAGGACUAUGUAUCUGUAGAAGGCAGCACACAGUGCUCUUUUUCAGCCUGGGGGUGUUUCUUGCCUUCAGCUUAAUAGCAAUUGGUUCUGCCAAGCUUUACCUUUUCAUGUCCUGAAGGCUGCUUAAACCUGAUGUCUGAUAGCUCUGCUCCUUAAUAUGCACAAGUUGGGAGAAUGCCUUUUUCUUUAUCUAAUUCUUCCAGGUCUCCAGCAAAAUGGAUUUGCCUGCUUUCCUAUUUAGAUUUUUCAGACAGGCUCACGUACUAAUACGGGUCUGUAAUAUCUUAAUAAACAUGCAUGCUGCAAAGUGCUUUGCAGUGGGUAAACAAGAGCUUUGCAUCCUUCAUUGUAAAAGUAGCUUGAAUUUAAACUGGAAAUCUUUGGAUAACCUCUAACUUAGUGUGAGCCAAAUCCAUGCAGGGAGCCUUUGACAUUGGCCCAGCAGUUUCAAGCCAAUAAGCAAGACAUUAGUUGGGAAUAACUGUCUGAGACUAGUGAACAGCCCUAUUUUUACACAAAAUGUUUAAAAAGUCAUUGUGAACAAUGAAAGGGAUUUGUAUUUUCAUAGAGUGAAAUAAAUGUAGUCCAUGGAGAAA